UCUCGUAGCUUCAGUGUUGCUCACAGUGUAUAUGAACGCAUCGCGCAGUGACGUCGUGAAGCGCAACGAGGCAAAGCGAAGCGAAGCGGAGCGGAGCGGAACGGAGUAGAGUGGAAUCCCGUCCGUCUCGCCGCGCGGUGCGACAUAGCGUAGCAAUUCGUGUUACACGCAGUAGCGGUGACAUCGACUGCACACGUACGCGCGCAUGCGGCGGUAGUGGCGGUAACGGCCGAAGAAAGAGAACGAGAUUAGAGCGCGAGAAAGUGGGAGAGAAGGAUGAAGCGAAAAGCAGGGAGGGGAAAGAAUACGAUACGGGAAGUGUAACGUGCGCGCGACGCGCAUACGGGUAGAAGGAUAGAUAGACGAGCCGAGCGAGCUUGGAAGGAACGUGACAGCGUUAAACGGAAGCGAGAAGAGGCGAGCGGGACGGAGCAAGAGAAAUAUGUGUUUGGAGCGAGGAGAAGAGAGCGAAGGACCGUUGUAGCCGAGUUUGGUUGGCUCGGCCAAUCCGCCGCAAUCCGCUCGGCGCGACUCGCGCCUACCGGGUUCCCGUAGGGGAUCGUAGGGUGGUUUCGGAACCCCGCGCACGUCAUUCGUCGAUUCGCUUCGUCGGCCGGCGACCGUCCUCGCUUUCGAUAGUCGCUCGAUGGAGGUUAGGAACGCCGACGUUCGUCCGCGCCUGGUGAACACUCCCCGGUGAACGAUCUCGAGCGGGCGCGUUCGCUCACUCGCUCGCUCGCUUACGAGAGAAGGAACAGUGUGCUCGAUUUCUCGUGUUCACGUCGUGUCUGUCAAACGGUAUUCGUGCACGCGUGUGUACCCGCGUUCCAAAACGGAUAAAUAAUGUCGAGCAGUGUGUGUCACCCGCCCCUGCCAGCACGAAUGGAAGCGUUCACCACGAGGCUCUGCCUGCGUGCGGUUGAUCAGUAUGAGCGGCUUCUGCAGACUCACUUCAACAAGCCCUCGAGCAAGGAGCAAACGCGAUUGAGCAGUCAUGAUUCGAUGGGCAACAAGGAUCACCGUCGACAGAAGGAUGGAUCCAGUAGUGGCGGAAGCAGCGGAAAUGGCAGCAGCAGCAGCAACAGCACUUACAGCGCCUUCCGGCAAUGGCGACGGAGCACCUCGUUGGGUUCUCAUAGCAACCGAUCCAGCAGUGCUGGCUCCAGAUCAUCUAACUCACUCACCAAAUUACCAAACGAUCCUGCUACUAUGCGAAAAUUGGAGCAAUUCCCUAUGGUCCUGUCCGACACGACGAUGCCGGACGAGGAUCUCUCUUUGAAAUUCCUCGCUCUGAAUGCUCUAGAUCUGACGGCACCGGCCAGCGACGUGCUCUUGAAAAACCGACUCAAGUCCUGGUUCCAAUUAUCAGGCCAUCCGGAUGGCUUUGCACCUGCCGGGCCUGGCACUGUUUGGAAAAGACGAGCGGGCGGCGUUGAAAACACGGAACGCAUCGUUUACGAGACCUUGAGCAAGGAGGAAGCGUUGCGGGAUUGCAUUCCAAGAUAUUACCGGGAAGUUGAAUACAAGGGCGACACGUUUAUCGAGCUGCAGGAUUUGCUCUUCGGAUUUAACGAUCCGCAUGUGAUGGACAUCAAGAUGGGCACGCGGACCUUCCUCGAAUCCGAGGUGUCCAAGACCACCGCUAGAUCGGACCUGUAUGAGAAGAUGAUCGCUGUCGAUCCGAACGCACCGACUCAGCUAGAACACGAGCAACAUGCCGUGACCAAAUUACGGUAUAUGCAGUUUCGCGAGGAGCAGAGCUCAACCUGUAGCCACGGUUUCCGUAUUGAAGCGAUGAAACUACCGGGUGCGCCGCCGAUCACCGAUCUCAAAAAGAUCAAGUCACAUUUGGAGGUGCUUGACAUCAUAAAACAAUUCCUCGGUAACCGCGAAGACACUCGUCAAAAGCUCCUGACGCGCCUCGAGAAUCUGCGAAUCAAAAUUGAGCAGUCAAAGUAUUUUGAAACUCACGAGGUAAUCGGCAGUAGUAUCUUCAUGAUCUACGACAGCGAAAAGGUGGGUGUUUGGCUAAUUGAUUUCGCAAAAACACGGGAGGUACCGAACGGACGAAAGCUCACGCACAGACGUCCUUGGGAAGAAGGCAACCACGAAGAGGGUUUAUUGUACGGAUUGGACAACUUAAUUUUUGCCAUAGAAGAAGUCCGUCUAUCUCUAUAAACAUUUUUCGAUGUUCGUGUGACAAAAUUAAAAAAACUCUUCUAUGUUAAAAACAUCAUUU